AUCUGGGAAGCAGUUGGUUUCCAGCCAGGGAUCAGCCUGCUGUUACUUAUGUAGUCAUCUUGGAAGUUGUCCCGCUGUCGAGACCUUUUCUUUCUGUGACUUCAACAACAACAACAGUUGAGCAACUUUCUACGACUUUUUUAGGUUAAACAUCGCAGAGACAAAAUGUCUUUCGUCCCGGGACAGCCGGUGACUGCUGUUGUGCAACGAAUUGAGAUCAACAAAUUGCGGCAGGGGGAUAAUUUGAUCCUGGGCUUCAGCAUCGGAGGAGGGAUAGACCAGGACCCUGGACAGAACCCCUUCUCUGAGGACAAGACUGACAAAGGCAUCUAUGUGACCAGGAUAACACCCAAAGGACCAGCAGACGUGGCAGGCCUGAGGAUGGGAGACAAAAUAAUGCAGGUGAACGGCUGGGACAUGACCAUGGUGACCCACGACCAGGCCCGUAAAAGACUAACAAAGAAGAAAGAGGAUGUGGUGCGGCUACUGGUAACCAGAAAGUCGUUGGAGGAUGCCGUCAAACACUCAAAGGGCAGUUACCCCAGACAGAGUUGUAAUGACACUACUUACAGCCACAAAGUAAUGCAGUAGCCAAGGACCCGACACUACUAUAUGCUGACACCCCCACAAAUUCAGAUGAUGGUGUGACCAUGGCCUUAUGUUAAUGCAAAAAUAUCACACAUAGGUGACGUAUGAGUCUGAGUCUGCAGCUCAGUCUGAACAGUCACUGGACAAUGAGAGGGUGAUCUUUCUUUCCACACACACUCAAACUCAUCUCAUAUUAUCGGCUUUAUUUUCUCUUUAUCUUUGUAGCAUAUUCUUCUGAGAUGAACCUGGUGAAACUGAUUUUCAGUAAUGAGUCUUUAGAUCCACUUUUGGCUUUCGAACUUUUUCAUAAAGAGAAGUGCUCCAGAACUCGCGUGAUCACAUGAUUUUUGCCCAUGUUUAAAAUGUUGCUGUAUGAACAGAAUUGCUUUGGUUAAAACAGAUGAACAGUUGUGCAGAUAAUCAUAAUUGUUACUAAAGUUACUGUUCGCUUGUUUUGAUUUUUGAACGACAGCGAGUUGAAUUUAGUUUUUGAAGACCUUUCGUAAAGCAAUACUUCCAUAUCUUUCUACUACACAUCAGUUUUAAAGGUCCAGUGUGUAGAAUUUAGAGGGAUGUAUCGGCAGAAAUGAAAUAUAAUAAAAUAAGCAUAUUUUCUUAGUAUGUAAUCGCCUGAAAAUAACAAUUUUUGUGUUUUCGUUACCGUAGAAUGAGCUGUUUAUAUCUACAUUGGGAGUGUCCUCAACCACAAUGUUAGCCAUGUUGCAACACCAUGUUUCUACAGUAGCCCAGAAUGGACAAACACUGGCUCUAGAAACUGCUGUAUUCAGUGUUUAAACCUUUUUAAAUCACCAGGUCCAUUUGUUUUGGCAAGAAGAAGACCUCUGUGGAUAAUUCGGCUUGCGGUAAAAACCUCCUGAACGUUAGCAGCCGUCUGCGACAUACCGGACAGCAUUGACGAAACACUGUUUUGUAUUGUGAGACUUUUUUAUUCUGUUUUUACCGGUUUAAUAACCUGGUUAGUUUGUUUCGGAGAGGAAGAGACCUCUGUGGAUAAUUUGUCUCCCAGUUAAAGCCUCCUGAACAAUAAACACCAAACAAAUUCUAACUGGGAGCAGUUUCAGCUGGUUGCAAUCUGCAGUCGUCACUGCGAGAUAACACUAAAUCCUUCUACAUCUUACACACUAGUUAUUUCAAUCCAUUUUAGCAGUGUGUUCUUGAUUCAUCCCCACUUUGGAGAUAUUUGCCAAAUAUCCACAAUCCAAGCUUGAGUUUUUUUACAAGUUUUUUGGGAGCAAUCAUAGUCUUUGAUCCUUUUGUCUACAGCUGACCAAAGUUAGUCUUGAUGGUUUGGAUACAUCAAGAAUGUUCAUUGGUGUUCAUUGUAUCAUUAAUGAUCAGCGUUUCAAUGUUUUGCUUUCAUUCCCGUCAAGAUGCAGCAUCCAAAGCCAAAGUAAAGCCAAGACGCUGUAAAGUGAUCAAAACAGCAGUGUUUGUAGUCAUUUUCUUUUUUAUAAUGGUACAGUCUACAGUAAAAAGUCUGUACAACAAAGCAUAUACCUGUAUGCACAGUGUUUUCAUGCAUACUCAUGUCUUUACACCAGUUAAUCUUUGUGUUUUAUUUAUCUUACUUUUUGUUGAUAUCCAUCACGUGUGGGAAAGUAACAUCUUCUCUCUUUCUGUGUCUGCUAAAGUAACAAGCAGGUUCAAAAUUUUGUGUCAUACAAACAACACUCCACUAGCUGGACCUACUUUUGGAAAACACCUAUUAUUUUUCAAUAUUUUCUCUAUUAAAUCACCGUCUAUCGGGUUCAGCAAGUGAAAGUUGAUCAUUUGUUAUUUUGAUAGAAGUAAACCCACUAGUUUCACACUGGAGUCAGCCACAUCCAGAAAACUGUCUCAAGCUGUAUAUUGUUGUUUAUUGUCAAUGACCAAAAGUCCAAGUUGAAACUAUAAACCUGAACCAAGCAGGAGUGAUUGUUUUUUUUAUGUGCACAGCAGCCUUAAAUGAACACUUAGUACCACUACAUUUAAUGAUACCUAUUUGUUUCCGUUUCCUGCAACACAACAAUGAUUUACUGCCUCUGAUACACUACGUGCUGCAAUAAAAUUGCAGAUGACUGAUCUAAUACUAAUCAUAAACAAUGUUUUGGCUUUGAUUUCUUACAGUACUGAAAAAAAAAGAAUAAUACAGUACUAAUCUUA